AAUUUGAUUAUUAAAAAGUAUCUUUAAAAAUCACAAUUCGAUCCCUAAUCCCCCGGUUAAAUUUGUUGGGGGCAACUGAACUGAGGAGUGGUCUCUUCUAUUACACACAGUAGCACAGUUCAACACACAGCGCUGCCCUAUAGGAGAAACUCAGGUUGGAAACACUCUGUAGGAAGCUGCAUUUUGGUUAGAAGAUAGUAGCGGAUUUAAUCAGAAACGAAGGGUCCUUUACAUGGCAUGGCUCAUGAUCGUUGUUUCGCUCAAUGUAAUUUGGUUGGCUUCCCUCUGCAAAAUUCUUUUAGCAUCAUGGUCUCCCAGCAAGGCUACGUUCUUGAGUAGUUAUGGUGAAGCCUCUUCCAAGAAGAAUGUUCUGCUGGUAAUUGCCCAUCCUGAUGAUGAGUCCAUGUUUUUUACUCCAACAAUCAAUUACUUGACUUCAAUUGGGCACAAUAUACAUAUAUUGUGCAUGUCCACUGGUAAUGCAGAUGGCAUUGGAAAUGUCAGAAAGGAAGAGCUGUAUCAGGCUUCUGCAAUCCUUAAGGUUCCACUGCACCAAGUAACGAUUCUUGACCAUCCAAAUUUUCAGGAUGGAUUUGGCAAAGUAUGGGAUGGUGAUUUACUAGCUGAAAUUGUCAGAGAUGAAAUUCAUGCCAAGGCAAUUGAUACAAUUAUUACUUUUGAUGGAUAUGGCGUUUCUGGUCACUGUAAUCACCGUGAUGUUAAUCGAGUCACCUUCUGCGUGGUGCUUUGCAAAGAGAUAUUGACGCCUGGGAGCUGGGAUAAAUUCAUCUCCUUCCUUUUUCAGGUCAGUACGAACCUAUGGCGCAAGUACAGUGGACCCAUUGAUAUCUGGUUGUCCAUCCUGAAUGCCAUGAGAAAUUCGGAUAAACUACAUUGCUUGCUGAAUGCACAGCCACGGAAAAGCUAUGUUGCAAUGGCCCAACAUAUGAGCCAAUGGGUGUGGUUCCGGAAACUUUUUGUUUCGUUUUCCAGUUAUACUUUUGUAAAUACUCUUCAGAAGAUAGACAAGGAGGGGUUUUAAGUCUUACUUAAACUGAUAGACCUUUUAACAUGCGGAGUUUUCUUUGUGUCCAAUGUCUAAGCAUAUGGAUGACGUUUAAAGUCUCCUAUAUGUUCCAAGGCAAAUGCAGCUUCUUUGGCUUCUUGUUUUUUUGGUCCGACGAAACAUAUGUCCAAAGGGGGAGUAAUAUUAUGUAGGCAGGCCUAUCUUGUGAAACCGUAGUGUUUGAUUAGCUUAAUAGAGAGUAAUGUCGGUUAUUAAUCAGCAUUUACAGUUUGUGAGAAUAUAUGUGUAUGUAUACUUAUUACUCUCCGAUCUUAUUACUUGCAUCGGAUGUUGUUAAGCAUCUGCCCUGCUUGAUCUUGUUACUUGUAUCUGAUGUUGUUAAGCCUCUGUCCUGCUUGAUCUUGUUACUUGUAUCGGAUGUUGUAAAGUCAUGUCCUGUUUGAUCUUGUAUUGGAUUUGGGUGUUA